ACAGAUCUACGCUGUUACAACUUACAAAUAAUUUCGAAAUCGUCUACCUGCAAAUCUCAUCAGUUUUUCUUAUAGAUCAAUCAUCGAGCGAUUUUUGUGAAAUUGGAUAUGGAGAUGGAGCGUGUUACGGAGUUUCCCAUGAGUCAAUUAGACGUCAGGCCUAGGAAACGACAGCGAUUGGGCUGGGAUGUGGUUCCUCAACCACCGAAGGCUCAGCUAGGAUUGUUUUGUGGACAAGAGAUUGGAAAUCUGACCAGCUUUGCACCUUCGCGGGCACCAUCAGACCAUAUUAGUUCAUCCCUUGUUAAGCGUGUGGCUCGAAUUGGUUCUCCCCCAUGGCGUCAAGAUGAUAAAGAUGGACAUUAUGUAUUUGCAGUUGGAGAUAAUUUAACUUCUCGAUAUAAGAUUCAUGGAAAAAUGGGAGAAGGUACGUUCGGCCAAGUAUUGGAAUGUUGGGACAAGGAAAGAAAGGAAAUGGUUGCUAUAAAAAUUGUCCGCGGUAUAAAGAAAUACCGUGAGGCAGCUAUGAUAGAGAUUGACGUGUUGCAACAACUUGGUAAACACGAUAAAGGUGGCAAUCGUUGUGUGCAAUUAAGGAACUGGUUUGACUAUCGUAACCAUAUCUGUAUUGUUUUUGAGAAGCUUGGACCAAGCUUAUAUGAUUUUCUACGCAAAAACAAUUAUCGUUCGUUUCCAAUUGACCUAGUUCGGGAGAUUGGCAGACAACUCUUGGAAUGUAUAGCAUUUAUGCAUGAUCUGCGGCUAAUACACACUGAUUUAAAGCCUGAGAACAUUCUUCUAGUGUCUCGGGAGUAUCUCAAAGUGCCUGAUUACAAGUGUUCAUCUAGGUCGCCAAAGGAUGGGUCUUUCUCCAAAAGAAUCCCAAAAUCCAGUGCUAUCAAGGUGAUCGACUUUGGUAGUACAACAUAUGACCGUCAGGACCAGAACUACAUAGUGUCCACACGCCAUUAUCGUGCACCAGAAGUUAUCCUAGGACUUGGAUGGAGCUACCCAUGUGAUAUAUGGAGUGUGGGUUGUAUUUUGGUGGAGCUUUGCUCAGGUGAAGCUUUAUUCCAAACGCAUGAAAACCUGGAACAUCUAGCAAUGAUGGAGAGGGUCCUGGGCCCGUUGCCUAUGCACAUGUUGAAGAAAGCAGACCGACAUGUGGAGAAGUACGUUAGAAAGGGUAGGUUGGACUGGCCUGAGGGUGCCAGCUCAAGAGAAAGUAUAAAGGCAGUUAUGAAGCUACCUCGACUCCAGAACUUGAUAAUGCAGCAUGUAGACCAUUCUGCAGGUGAUCUAAUUCAUGUGUUGCAAGGGCUUUUGAGGUAUGAUCCUUCGGAAAGGCUAACAGCAGACGCGGCUCUAAGACAUCCUUUCUUCACAAGGGAUCAUCUUAGACGGUAUUAGUUUGUAAUGUAGAUAGAUUCUAUGUUUCGUCCGCUAACAGCAACCCCAUGACAUCUUACUCUGCCAUUUAUGUACAAACGUCUAAUGUUGUUAAAAGCCAGCUGCUGCAGCAGCAGCUGGUUUCAUUGCUAUCCUUUUUUUGUUGGUGAAUUUGUUAAAUUCUUACCAUUUACUAUAUUGAUUAACAUGAAUUUGUUUCACUAUGUGUU